GCGCGCUGCGGCCGGUUCCGCUUCCGGCGAGAGGCGCCUGAGGGGGUUCGGUUCGGCUCGGCCCGGCCCGGCCCGGCCGCGCCGCUCGCAGAAGUUGCAUCAUCCGUGUCCGGGAUGUGAGCAGCCUGGAGAUGGGUGAGUGAGCGUGUUCCCUCCGUGCCGGGUUGGAGGGUUGCGCUGCCCGACGCGCGAGCCCAGCGGGGAAUAUCGUUCAGCCGCCGGCGCCCGCUGCGGACCUCGCAUCUGCGUAACGUCGCCUAAAGCAUCGGUUGAACGAGUGGCUGCCGAGAAACGUCUGAUCGACAUAUGAGUUUGCUGAUCCUAUGAGGAUGGAUGCCGGAGAUGCAGCCUUGGCUAACCAUGGCUCCACGUUCAAGGCCUUCCCACCAUCACAGAGGGCAGUUUUGGGGGAUCAGCUUUCGCUGCCUGGAACCAAGUUUUCACUAGACAAGCUUGGCAAUUCAGAACAAGCUUUCACAUGUCCAGCUGGAGAUGCGUCGUGCAGCCCGAGUUACUACCCAGAAGUUCCAUCCUCAGAGAGUUACCGAGCACCAACAGAGCCUCAAAUAUUUGGACUAAGUGCCAAUGGGCAGUGGAGGGUUCCCAGCCUGGGUCCCGCACUUCAGAAAGCUAGGACGAGCCGGGGUUCAUAUCUCGAAGCCCGCAAGACCCCAAGGGUCAGGACUAGGAACAAUAGCCUCAAACUUCAGCAGGGGAAAUUUAGGUUGGAGAUGAGGAGGAACUUUCUGACUCUGAAGCUGGCCACGGACUGGAACAGGCUGCCUAGAGAAACUGCGGAAUCUCCGUCCUUAGAAGCUUUCAAGAGCAGUGGGUCAUCCAAUAGCUUUGUAGGAAAGUCAAACCAUCAUUGUCAUGCAUCUGCCUAUGAGAAAACCUUCCCAAUCAAACCUGUUACGAGCCCCUCGUGGAGCGGCUCAUGUCGUCGGAGCCUGUUGAGCCCAAAGAAAAUCCCCCGGAGGUUCAUCAGCACUGCAGAAGAGACUGUUCGGGAGGAAGAGCGAGAGAUCUACAGGCAGCUGCUUCAGAUGGUCACAGGAAAGCAGUUCUUCACGUCCAAACCCUUCUCGCAUUUUCCCUUCCUCCCGUCCAGGUGUGUGAAUUCCAAUAAAACCGUAGUGAAAGAAGCCUCGAGCAAGAAUGCAAAGCUGUUCGAAACGUACAGCAUCACUCCAACCGGCCAGCCCACCAGCAUCUUGAGAACACAGGAGCAGCCGUCACAUGAACCACCCCCUUACCCUGUCUCCAGUUAUCCUUCCAACACCUUUGAGUCCAGUAAUACCACAACCCAGCAUCAGCAAGACAAUUUACCAGCAUCUAACACUCAGUCAGAAGGGUCAGACUCUGUCAUCUUGCUCAAGGUAAAAGAUCCCAGAACUCCAGCGCUGAGCCCUCCCUUCUUCCAGGCAGAGUUGUGGAUUAAAGAAUUAACCAGCGUCUAUGAUUCACGAGCCCGGGAGAGGUUACGACAGAUAGAAGAGCAGAAAGCUUUGGCCUUGCAGCUGCAGAGCCAGAGAUUGCAGGAGCAGGAACACUCAGUGCAGGAACAGGUGGACUUGCAUCUUCGAGUGCCUCUUGAGAAAGAAAUCCCAGUCACAGUUAAAGAGGACACCAAGUCAGCUGAUAAUGAGAAGGAAUUCCCUGAGAUCACAGAGGAAAUGGAGAAGGAAAUAAGGAGUGUCUUCCGCGGCGGGAACCAGGACGAGGUCCUGAGUGAGGCUUUCCGGUUAACAAUCACUCGGAAAGACAUUCAGACCCUCAACCACCUGAACUGGCUUAAUGACGAGAUAAUAAAUUUCUACAUGAAUUUGCUGAUGGAGCGAAGCAAAGAAAAGGGGUUACCAACAGUUCAUGCAUUCAACACCUUCUUUUUUACCAAAAUAAAGACUGCUGGGUACCAAGCUGUGAAACGGUGGACUAAGAAAGUGGAUAUCUUCUCUGUGGACAUUCUCUUGGUGCCUAUUCAUCUUGGAGUCCAUUGGUGUCUAGCAGUUGUAGACUUCAGGAAAAAAACCAUCACCUAUUAUGAUUCCAUGGGUGGAAGAAACACAGAAGCCUGCAGCAUACUGUUGCAAUACUUAAAGCAGGAAAGUCUGGACAAAAAGCGGAAAGAAUUUGAUGAUAAUGGCUGGCUUCAGCUGUGCAAGAAGAGCCAGGAAAUCCCUCAACAGAUGAAUGGCAGCGACUGCGGCAUGUUUGCCUGCAAGUAUGCCGACUGCAUCACCAAAGACAAACCCAUCAACUUCACUCAGCAACACAUGCCCUACUUCCGGAAGAGAAUGGCCUGGGAGAUCCUACACCGCAAACUCCUCUGAUGACCUUGCGCCAAGAGGCAGCUCCCUGAGAGUUCAUAUAGGAAAUGCUCAGACUUGCCCCCUUCAGCAUUCUCAGCUCUCGCCGACACUCACACGGGUUUUUAAUCAGAGACAUCUUAAAGGACUCAGUAUGGUAUUUUUGUAACCUCCAUUCAUGGACCAAUGUGCAAUGGAGACAUUCAGAAGCACACUUGCCUCCUUUCUUUUCUUUUCUUUUCUUUUCUUUUCUUUUCUUUUCUUUUCUUUUCUUUUCUUUUCUUUUCUUGUUUUUCAUUCUGAAACAGAUUUUUUUAACAAGCAAUUGCCAGUGCUGUGACUGAGUGGGCAGCUUGGGGAACCUUCAAGGACCUUCUCUGCUAUUUUAAGAUCUCUCGCUGUCAGUCUCAAAGGGCUGACUGUGCUUUGCUUCACAGGGAUUUCAGGGAAGGGAAAAGCAUUUAUGUGGAUCUCAACAUUCCCACACGUGGGAAAUCCUCAGCUUUGAAUGUCUAGCAAGCUGGGCAGUUGCACAGUGGGUGCAGGGGUGAUUAAGGAGGGGUAGGUUUUCAAUAUGUGGAGAUGGCUUAUCCUUAAGUACAGGAGGAAGCCCUAUUAGAAGCCAGCACGUUGAGCAGGUGCUCUAUAGCCACUAAACGGCUAGGCUGGUAGAACCGAAAGAAAAAAAAAAAAUAGCAUUCAAGGUUGGUCACAAAGGUGACUGGCAUAAGGAGCUUCUGGGUUUUCUCUGUCCGUCCCCUCAGGUGACUCCCGUGUUCCUUCCUCUCUGUUUCCAAGCCAGCAUUCUCUCUUUCUAAUCAUGAGCUCAGCCUCUUAUCACCACCAGGGACAAUCCUGCAAUCGGGACCUGCCUCUUAAUUGCAUCCAUAGUGCCCAAGGCAGAACAGAAUACCCCUCUGUCUGGCAGUGUUGAGAGAGAAACCUGAGUGUGCAGGUGACGUUUUGAGAGCCAAGCAAGAUCCCUGAGAAUGGAUCUGUUUGGAUUGGGUGCGGCUUUGGCAAAAUCGCUUUCCCCCCCCCUCCCCCCCUGACCAAAGGGAAAACGGACGCCUCCCAGUUUUAGCAGCAAACGUUCAUGGAAUUCGGGUACGGCCACAUCUUGCCAUGGGUUCAUAUAGUGUCCCGGCUAAGGGGAAUUGUCAGGCAUGCUUUGGAGCACUUCCCAAAGCAACAAAGAACACACCGUUGCAACACGUGUCUUACUCUGUGCCUGUGUUCCUGCUUCCUUAAUGUAAAUUCCUACCAAAAGCCAAAGGACUUGGUUCUCUCCUGAUGCUUUUCCUUGUGCAGGCAGCUUCAACUGAGCAGCAAGGGGUGUCGAGUCCUCCCAAAUAGGUAACCCCCACACCCCGACACUUCUCAGUAUGGUUUUGCACACACUUUGCCCGGGCAUAACUGACGACAGGCUGUGUUUUUAAUUCUGGGAACUGGAUUCAGGUUAAACUGUGCUUCCAACAGCAGCAUUUUUAAGUACACUCAGGCUAAGACUUUCUCAAAGGGGUCUGUGGGAAUUAGGCACCCAUGUCCCAUUGUGUCAGUGAAAGAAGGAAGCUUUUCAGAAGAAUUUAAACCUGGUUUUUAAAAACCAAAGGGAUUUCAGCCCCCCAUCACACCCAUGCUUCUAAAAAUGUACCCAGCGCGCCUAACACCCUUGGGCUCCUUUGAAAGUCCCAGCCUCUGUCUUUGCUGAUACACUCAGCUGUAUAAUUUAUUUUAAAGCAAGGUUGGGGAGGUGGAAGGGAAGGCGGGAAGUAGAGAAUAUUUGACAACAGCUUCCCAAACUGCUAAGCCCGGUUCCUCUCCCCAGUGUACAGACCUUUUUAAAAAUGAGCAAAGAAUGAAAUAAUGUCCAUUUUUUGUAUUUUUGUCUCCGAAUAGGGAAUAAUAUUUUAUACAUUUUUCUGGACCUGUAAGCAGUAGUUUUGUACAAAAGAGAUAUUCUCCCCACCAGGUUGUGUUCUUCAUAGACAGGUUUGUAUCUUUCUCUCUGUCUCUGUGUUUUAUACCAAACUCAUUUUAGUACCUUUUCUAUCUUUUACUGCAAGUAAAAAAAGAAAAAAAAAAAAAAAAGUCCAACCCCCCCCUAAAACCUGUAUAUUUUUUUUUUUUUUUUUGUAAUGGUUUAUUGUUAAAUAAAAUUGCCUGUAAAACUCUUA